AUGUGGAACAGAUCAAAUGAGAUAGAAAUAUGUAUUUAUAAAUUAUACUUGAUCUUCUGUGUAAUUAUUCUUGCUACUUCCCAGCCUUACCAGACCCCUGAUGACUUUGUGGCUGCUACUUCUCCAGGACAUAUCAUGACUGGAGGUUUGUUUGCCUUUCAUGACAAAAUGUUGUCUUAAAAAGACUAUCCCAGACAGCCAGAAAUUCAGAAGUGUGUUGACUUUGAAGUCUCAAUUUUUCUUCAAACUCUUGCCAUGAUAAAUAGCAUUGACAUUAUCAAUAAUUUAACACUAUUUUCUAGAGUGAACAAAAACUAUAACACUUGUACAGAGGUGACAGUGGCAAUGGCAGCUGCUCUUAAAUUUCUUUCCAACUUCAAUCGCCCCAGAGAAAUGAUGGUAUCUCAAUGUGACUGUUCCAGCUACAUGCUAACGUUUAAGACUGUCAUAGGUGCUAGUCUCUCAGAAAUAACCAUAGCUGUCUUGAGGAUACUGAAUUUACGACUCAUACCUCAGAUAGAAGUUAUUAAUAUAACAAAAAACAAACUUCUAAAAUCUCUUUUUAAGCUUGUUCACAUUCCUCCAGAAGAUAAAACAAUUUCAUGGAAAAUUCAAGUUAGAUCAAAAUGCUCCAAUGAAUGUAGUCCUGGCCAGAUGAAAAAAACUACAGAAAGUCAACAUAUCUGCUUCUAUGACUGUGUGAAGCAUCCUGAGAAUCAUUACAAUAAUCAUACAUAUAUGGAUCACUGCCUUUUAAUAUGCAAUAAUAAAUUAAAAUAAAACAUUAAAUUAAAUGAAAUUAAAAAUAAAAUAAUACAAAGCACAGUGUGCUUUGAAAAGGACGUGGAAUAUCUCAACUGGUAUGAUGCCUUGGCUAUCCUAUUUUUGGCCAUCUCCCUCCUAGGAAUUAUAUUGGUUCUGGCUAUUGGCAUAAUAUUUACAAAAAACUUGAAGACAACUGUUAUGAAAUCAUCUGGUGGGUUGAAGUUCCUUUAUGUCAUUCUCCUCUGUCAUUUCCUCAAUUUUACCAACACAGAUUUUUUCAUUGGGGUACCUCAAGACUUCACAUGUAAAAUCAAACAGACACUGUUUGGCAUUAGCUUUACCCUCUGCAUCUCCUACAUUUUGAUGAAGUCCCUUAAAAUUCUACUAGCUUUCAGUUUUCAUCCAACGCUGCAACUUAAGUUUCUUUAUAAACCAGUCCCCAUUAUCUGCACCUGCAUAGGUGUCCAGAUUGUCAUUUUCAUAUUAUGGCUAAUCUUUGCUGCUCCUGUAGUGGAGAAAAAUGUCUCCUUGUCCCUAGUAAUUAUUCUGAAAUGAGAAGAGGGAUUCCUUCUUGUGUUUGGUGUCAUGCUAGGCUAUAUUGACAUUCUGGUCUUCAUUUGCUUUACAUUUGCAUUUAAAAGCAGGAAACUACCUGAAAAUUACAAUGAAACUAAAUUCAUAAUAUUUGGCAUGCUCAUUUAGUUCAAAGCUUGGGUCACAUUUAUCCCUGUCUAUGCUACUUUUGGUAAAUAUUUGCCAACUGUGGAGAUUAUUGUUAUCUUAAUAACUAACUAUGGAAUCCUGUGUUUGUAUACUCUUCCCCAAAUUUUUUCGUCACCGGGUGUGGCCCAAAAAUUAAAAAAAAAAUCUGCCUUUCUCAAUAUAAUUUACAGUUAGUCUUCCCACAGUGUAGGCAUCCUUGCAAUGAGUCGUGUCUCAUUGGAUUCAAUUCACAGCAAUAUCCCAACUGCAAAUUCCAAUUCUGGUGGCAAAGUAACUGCCUGGCAUUUGCUUUGUAAGCGUUGA